AUGGCAGGAAAGCUGAGAAGAAGCGAAGCUAGCACGAGCAGUAGCAGCAAUAGCAGAGGAGAAACCGUCGUCGUUGAUUGCUUCCGCCGCCGGAGCUCUUGCGGUUACUGUAGAUCCGUUGGUCGCACCAGUAUCUCUCAUGGCAUAAUUAAUUGAAGAUUAAAGCACGGAUUAGUGUAACUCUCCUUGUUUCCAUUCUUUUGCUGUAUCCAAGUGCUAUGUGUUUGAUUCACAGCCAAGGAGUCCAUAAUUAUAAUUUGAAUGUGGGUUUGUUGGCUCACAGCAUUACGGUUGAUGACUACCAAGAUCUUCUUGACCGAGGAUGGAGAAGAUCUGGCUGUUUCCUCUACAAACCUGAGAUGGAAAAGACAUGCUGCCCAUCUUAUACUAUUCGGCUCAGGGCAAGUGAUUUUGCCCCUUCAAAGGAACAACUCCGUGUUCUUAGAAAAAUGCAAAGGCUUUUAGAUGGCACAGUGGAUGUGAAAAAAACAGUGGGGCUUGUAGAUGAUCCGAAUAUCUCCAAAGGUACAUGCAGCUGUACAUGUCAUGAAGUUUCAAGCUCAGGAGCAAAUGAAUCUUUGUCUGCUAAAAAUGAGGAGAAAAAUAAGGCAGAGCUUGUUUCUAAUUAUUUGUCAGAUCAAGUUGACAAUGCAGUCCAUUCUUGUGCAGAAAGUGGGGAAUUUCUUUGCAGUUUACAAUUACCAAAAGCUUCUGUCAAACAGGUUUCAUCAGCCAAAAGAAAGAUGCUAGCUGAAGGAGCAAAAGAUCUUAUGUACUCUAGCAAUAUUGCAUUCCAAAUAGUAGCCACUAUAAGGCGAAUGGUAGCAUCUGAAAAUGAAACAAGGCAUGAUGCCAAAAAUAAUACUCUGUCUCCUGAAAUUGUUGCAGAAAAGUUGGCUGCUGCUUUAAAUCAAUUGUCAGAAACUAGUGGGUUCUCUAUCAGGGCUUGCAAUGGACACAUUAAUUUUUAUUCAACAGCAACGCAAGCUUCUUUAGGUGAAGGUGCUCAAAAUGUUACUAGCUCUAAAGAGUCUGCUGCAGGGUGUAAAAGAAAAGCCUGCUGUAUGAGGAAGAAUGUCAAACAUUCCCAGGUGAAAAGGCGGAAGUUAGAGAUACAUUUGAAAAGAUCCAGUUUUGAUCCAGAAGAGUUUGCAUUGUAUAGAAGAUAUCAGAUAAAAGUGCAUAAUGAUACCCCAGAUCAUGUUACUGAAAGCUCAUACAGGAGGUUUCUGGUUGAUACUCCCUUAGUUUUUGUUCCACCCUCUGGUGAUGGUAGAGUUCCUCCCUGUGGAUUUGGCUCCUUCCAUCAGCAAUAUGUUGUUGAUGGCAAGCUAAUUGCUGUUGGUGUUGUUGAUAUUCUUCCAAAAUGUUUGUCUAGUAAAUAUCUAUUCUGGGAUCCAGAUUUUGCCUUUCUAUCACUAGGCAAGUAUUCAGCAUUGCAGGAAAUAGGCUGGGUGAAGGAGAACCAAGUCCAUUGCCCUAGUCUUCAGUAUUAUUAUCUUGGCUAUUAUAUUCAUUCCUGCAGUAAGAUGAGAUAUAAAGCAGCAUAUCGUCCAUCGGAGCUUCUCUGUCCUCUACGUUAUGAGUGGGUUCCAUUUAAUAUUGCAAGCCCUUUGCUUGAUAGAAAGCCAUACGUUGUCUUGUCAGAUCAUGCACUUCUACAGGAUGGAGAGUCUUCAACACCUCCUGCUUCUGAAAUUGCCAUUGAAGUGCAACAUGACGACAACUGUGAUGAAGACACAAAUGAUGUUCUUAUAGAUGACACUGAAAUGAUUGAACCUGAAUCGGAAAGUUCUGAUGAUGGAUCAGGUCCUGAAACUAGUGUUGAGACAUUGGAAAAUUUUGAUGUUGGUGAUAUUUUAAUUGGGUUAAAGGGGUCCCGUGUGAGAUACAAGGAUCUACAACGAGCUUUUGGCCCCAAUGCAAGGAGUUACUUGGAAUCUCAGUUAUACAGAUACAAGAGGGUUGUAGGUGCAGAGUUGUCCGAGCGAAUUGUCUAUUCACUUGGGUGAGCUUACCUUAUCACCAUCAUCAAAAUCAUCAGAAAUUGAUAGUCAGCCUGGGGAGCUGGGUUCUCUGCCGAGUCAUACCUGGUUAUGGUAAAGCUAGAAGGGAGCUCUUGUCAAUAUCCAAUGCUUGUUUGUUGGGGUUUCUUUAUAUUCAAUCCAUGUCAAGCAAGAUGAUGAGUUGCUGACUGGGGUUUAGUCUGAAGUUUCUAUGCAUUUCUUGCAUUUUCUAGUGGAUUAUUCUCAAUAUGCCAAAUGAAAUGUAGAUGACUUAUUUGUUUGGUCUUUCAGGUCAUUUCAAUUACAGCCUUCUUUUACCCACCAAUUAGGAUAUUGAGUACUCUGCAGCCUGCAUCUAUUAAUGCUACAAUAAAUAAAAAAACUGCUUCAUUUCUUCAA